AUGACUUCGACGCCAGCUUCUACCAUAACGCUGCAGGCCGACCAACAAAUCACAUUCCAAUACGCCAACGAAUGCGACUUGGAAAUCCACUGCUCGCCAUUUGGUCUCAGCGGGCUAUACAUCAGACUCAAAGGGACAAACAUAAUGGGCAUCGGCUCAACAAUGGGGCUCAUCACCGGCUCAACCAAGGGGUUGAUCCACUACAACAACAGCAGCGAUCUCAUCGACAAGAAGUAUAAACUAUACAUCAUUGUUGAAGAUUCAAAUUUGAGAAUCGAUUUCACGAGCAUCAAGGGGAAAAAUGAAAACUCGGCAUCCAACGGCGAAACUGACCAGCCGCCAACAACCAAUGCGAAUGUCGAUGUCGAAGGAGGAGAAGGCGAAGAGGAAGAAUUGCCUACUUUGGUUUUCCAAGGCCCCUGUCCUGAAGGUCGGCCCGAUGAAAUUGAGCCAUUCAUUGGCAUUUUUUCUUUUGAAAGAGAAACAUCGUGA